CUGUGCGCCAAUCUCUCCGUGUCUGUCUUCACGAACCACCCGUAUCUCUCUCUCUCUCUCUCUCUCUCUCCGCUUAGAUUUUCUUCCAUUUUCUCUCUUUCCUGAGCUUACCGUCCGUCUCUCUCUCCCUCCCUCCCUCCAAAAUCAAACUAUUAUCAAUAUUUUCUAAGCCUCCUUCGCAUAUCGCUCCGAUGGAAAUAUGGCAUAGCCGAGCUUGUAGCUAUCCCGAGGUUCGUGCAUUGUUGUGAGAAUCAUAGAGCUGUGGAUCUUGCGUUGCGCAAGGAUCUCGAAGCAGAGAUUGUUUGUUAGCCCUCUCAUUCUCUGCUUCUUCGAAAUCUCUGUUUCGUUUGGUGCGUAAAUUCGCAAGCUUCGUGCCUUCAACGUGUUAUCUGUGCAUGAAGCCUGGGAGUGCUUUGAGUCGAUUUGCAUGGUGAGAUUUAAAAGAUUUUAGGAGCUCAAUGGUUCAGAGACAUAGAAUCAGCAGAUUCUUUUCUCCAACGGAAAUCUAAAAUCUUCUGAAUUGACUAUUAUAGAUUGGUUCUAUAGUGAGAGGAGUGGUGGAAAUAAUGGCUAUCGGAUUGAGUUCUAUCAUCCCGAGGUUGCAAAUGCUAUCCACUUCCGAUCAUGCUUCUGUGGUUUCGAUGAACCUCUUUGUGGCACUCCUUUGUGCUUGUAUUGUGAUUGGCCAUCUUCUUGAGGAGAACCGAUGGGUGAACGAGUCUAUCACUGCCCUUGUUAUUGGUGUGUGUACUGGAGUUGUUAUUCUGCUGGCAAGUGGGGGAAGAAGCUCGCAUCUUUUGGUUUUCAGUGAGGAUCUUUUCUUUAUAUACCUUCUGCCGCCAAUAAUAUUUAAUGCGGGGUUUCAGGUGAAAAAGAAGCAGUUUUUUGUUAACUUUACUACUAUCACGCUCUUUGGUGCUGUUGGUACAUUAAUAUCCUGUGGCAUCAUAUCACUAGGGGUUACUCAGUUCUUCAAAAAAUUGGAUAUUGGUUCACUGGAUAUUGGGGAUUAUCUAGCAAUCGGUGCAAUAUUUGCUGCCACGGACUCAGUAUGUACAUUGCAGGUGCUUAAUCAGGAUGAGACGCCUUUACUCUACAGUCUUGUAUUUGGGGAGGGUGUUGUAAAUGAUGCAACAUCAGUGGUACUUUUUAAUGCAAUCCAGAGUUUUGACCUCAAUCAUAUCGACCCCAGGAUUGGUUUGCAUUUUAUUGGCAACUUCUUUUAUUUGUUUCUCACAAGCAAAAUGCUUGGGGUGAUAACUGGGCUGCUUAAUGCAUACAUCAUCAAAAAGCUGUAUUUUGGAAGGCACUCUACGGAUCGUGAAGUUGCUCUUAUGAUGCUCAUGGCAUACCUUUCAUAUAUGAUGGCUGAAUUGUUCUAUUUGAGUGGCAUUCUCACGGUAUUCUUUUGUGGGAUUGUGAUGUCCCAUUACACCUGGCACAAUGUGACUGAGUGUUCACGAAUCACUACCAAGCAUGCUUUUGCAACCCUUUCAUUUGUUGCUGAGAUCUUUAUCUUCGUUUACGUUGGAAUGGAUGCCUUGGACAUUGAAAAGUGGAGAUUUGUCAGUGGCAGUCCUGGAACAUCUGUUGCUGUGAGUUCAAUACUGCUAGGUCUGAUUAUGGCAGGAAGAGCAGCCUUUGUUUUCCCCUUAUCAUUUUUAAUCAACUUAGUUAAAAAAUUUCCAAAGGAAAAAAUCAACUUCAGGCAACAAUUCACAAUGUCAGGGCAUACUCAAUUGCGAGGAAAUGCAAUCAUGAUCACCAGCACCAUAACUGUUGUUCUCUUCAGCACAGUGGUGUUUGGUUUGCUGACUAAACCUCUUAUAAGGUUCUUGCUUCUACAUCCAAAAGACACAGCCAGCAAGGUACAGUCAGAUCCGUCUACUCCAAAAUCAGUAACUGUGCCUUUUCUUGGAGAGGGGCAGGAUUCUGUGCCUCUUCUUGGAGAGGGGCAGGAUUCUGAGUUUGACCUACCUGAAAUUACCCGACCAAGCAGCAUACGUGCACUCCUGGCCACUCCUAUGCACACUGUUCAUCGGUACUGGCAUAAAUUUGAUGAUGCCUUCAUGCGCCCUGUAUUUGGUGGCCGGGGUUUUGUUCCCUUUGUUUCUGGGUCACCAACCGAACAGAGUUUUCGUCAAGGGCAAUGAGAAGGUGGCCAAGCAAAGAUGUAGAAUGUGUUGUGGAUGAUUGCAUACAUCUUCUGGACAGUAAGGCACCACAUGCCUUUGAACCAGCUUGUGAAAUAUUUGCUUCUGCACUGGGAAUAUCUCAGCGGGAAGGCCCAGAGAGCAUAAAGGAUGUGGUUGCAAUAGGGUAGUGCGAAGGCUGUGCACCAUAAUCUUUUGAAACUGCUGCAUAUCAUGUAUAGCUGAUUGUACCGAUCAAAAAGAAAUCAUUUAGAGCUGGUUGUGUUUGCCCCUGGCUUUGGAAGGGGUUUGCCGUUUUUUUUUUAAUGCGUCAAUUGACAUCGUGGUUAUUUUAGUGAUAAUAAGAUGUCGGGUGUUGUUAAGUUAUUGUGAUGCCUGCAUUUUUCAAUGAGUUGUAAUUUUCUCAUGACUAAACAAAGAGAUCUCAUCGUCAAUGAUAUUUGGAUAAGGGUUACGAUGCUCU